AUCUAAUUACCUAGUUCGUUGAUCUAGUCUAGCACCGCGGCCAGCAUAAUAGUGUGAAAAGGGUUUGUUUGGGGAGAGGGAGGAGGUCAAGGAUUAGUGGCGAGUCUGGACCGGUCCACGCUCCCUUGUUUCGUUGUUCGUGCUCCCAACUUCCAUGCCAGACAAGCCCACAACGACAAACCACAAACCACAACAACUCCAGCUGUUAUACACUCAUCACCACAUUUCCCUUCUUCCUCUUCUUCCUCUUCUUCUCACUACUGCUAUAUCGCUAUAUCUGGUAGUGUCUCUCCCUCUCCCUCUCUCUCUCGCUUGCCAAGAACACCCUCUGCUGUUUCCGCCCUCUCUUCUAUUGGCCCCUCCCUCUCUCUCCUCCCUCCCUCCUCCUGACACGCACCACCACAUUCUCAUACACUCGUCUCGCGCACCGCCUCUUCUUCUUCUGCUGCUACUGUUGUUACUGCUGCUGCUGCUGUCACUCGCUUAUUCACUUGUUCCGCCCCCGACCCGCUAUUCACCUGAGAAUCGUCCCACUAUCCCGACUUUCCGUCAGAAACCCUCCGGACUCGCUAUUCACUCUACCCACCUGUCCUGGACUGUCGCUACUCUAUACUCGUUUCCUCCUCUUGUGCCCUCUCCCUCUCACCCUCUCACCCUCUUACUUUCCUUGCAACUCCAGCUCCAGCGCCUUCUUGACUGUUACGACCUGAUAGCCUCAUGAAGAUCUUAAACACCUGACUCCAUCCUUUCUCUCUCCGAAGCUUCGGAUUCGUUCUUGCAACUGAUCAUCUUUGGUACACCUCCCUUCGACAAACCCUUUGUUUCCUUCGUUUCCCUCACGUCUGAGAAAGUGCGCUUCUUGGCGUCUCGUUUGUGGCCGAACAAGCCCGCGCGGCCGUUGGCAUGUCGUACCUCUCUAUCAACGAUGAU